GCUUCCGAUCGAGCUGUCGUCUAAAGUCUUGCUAGUCUUUCUUCCCUACUGGCUAUACGUCCCCCCCAGCUUCUUGAGAGUUAAAAAAAAAAAAAGCCCAGGAGGGAUGCUGUAGCGACUUUAAAGCCGCCUAGCAAUUGUCUGUUUAGUAAACAAAGGGCUUCCUCAAACUAAGGAAUACAGCGACACCCUCCCCCCCACCCCGGCCCUCUUCUCUGAAUCCUUUAACUUCUCUACCCAGCAACAGACGCCCGGACCUCGCCUUUUAGCUUUCUUAUUGGCCAACUUGAAUCGUCAUCUGCAAUUCUGAUUGGUCAUCCGUGAUCGGCCGGAUUCUUCCAAUUGGCGAAGCUGACGGGAGAUUUCCCCGCCGCCCCGCCCCGGGUUGAUCUGCAGGGGGCUGUAGAGGCGGGGUAGCUUCUGCGGGAUUAUUUUUCCGGGGCCGCUUUUGAUUGGACGGUGUGGCGCAUUGCGCGCGACCCUUCAGAUACCAAACUGCCGAGACGUCGGUCCCGGUCGUCUAAGUGCUUCCGCCCGUAAACCGAAGCCGAGGGGGAGACUUCCGUGCUUGGAGCUUCAAUUGCUCUUUCGCGUCCCAAUUCCACAAGAGCUCUGGGCGACAAAAAGUUAUGGAGAAGCGCCUGCAGGAGGCUCAACUGUACAAGGAGAAAGGGAACCAACGUUACCGAGAAGGGAAGUACCGAGAUGCUGUAAGUAGGUACCAUCGAGCUCUGCUUCAGCUGCGGGGUCUGGAUCCAAGUCUGCCCUCCCCGAUACCUAAUCUAGGACCUCAGGGCCCGGCCCUCACACCUGAACAAGAGAACAUACUGCACACCACCCAGACAGACUGCUACAACAAUCUAGCUGCCUGUCUCCUUCAGAUGGAGCCAGUAAACUACGAACGAGUGAAAGAAUACAGUCAGAAAGUCCUGGAACGACAGCCUGAUAAUGCCAAGGCCUUGUAUCGGGCCGGAGUGGCCUUUUUUCAUCUGCAGGACUAUGACCAGGCUCAGCACUACCUCCUGGCUGCUGUCAAUAGGCAGCCAAAAGACGCCAAUGUCCGGCGGUACCUCCAGCUAACUCAGUCGGAACUCAGUAGCUACCAUCAGAAGGAGAAACAGCUGUACCUGGGCAUGUUUGGUUAACAAAAGAAGAAAGACGCUCCUCUACUUGAACUUAGGUGAACCAUUAAAGACCCAUCGAGGGGAAACCUGAGCCUCAGCAAGAGAAAUUAACCCCAUACCUCUGACCCAGGUGGAUUUCUGUUUUCUUUCUAGCUCUGCACAAACUCUUUGGCACUUAAGCAGGCUGUGUCUUUUUUUUGCCUGUCCAUCUACGUAUUUGUAUAGCUUUCCAUACGUGAUAUUCUUGGAGAUGUUUGCUUUGAGAAAUACAAUCAGCUAUAUGUGAAAUAAUCCUGUCUAUGGCAUAGAUUUUAACGAUAGAUGUUGUUAGAUGUGUCCGUAUGCAGAGGAAAAAGCUCAUAAGGAUGAAAUCAUGAUCACAAAGUUUUUUCUUUGCUUCCUCAGCUUCCCAAAGCCAAAGUUACAUAGGCCACAACCCGGGAAAUAUAUUUUUUUGUGAAAAUAGACAAUUACAAGUUGGACCCACAUAACAAACGAUUUGAAAUUAACCAUUUUGAUUAAAUCAAAUUCCUUAUGUACAUUCAGACCUCUGCCCCACAAAAGUAUCUGGUUCCUAUUUUUUCUGGUGAUAAUUUCUAGUCCCUGGUAUUGUUCAUACUCAGAUCAUUCAUACAAUAUGCUUAUUUAUUUUUUUCAUUAAACUCUUCUAUCUUAAAACCUUGAGUCAAGCAUUUAAGUAUUUAAUAAUUCUUCAGCCUCGUGCCAAAAAACCCCCCAAACCCUAAGUAAACAUUUUCUUUUUUAACGGGUGCAUAUCUAUAGUAUGCUCAUUUCUCUAAAAAAAAAGGGUGGGGCAGAGGGGACAGGUUGCUGCGUCUUCUUGAAACAAUACCAUGAAAGAGCAGGAUAAAAACAUCAGUCUGUUCUUUCCCCAUCACCUUGUAUUAUGCAAAAGCUCAGUUCCUUACAGAGGAGGGAAAUGAGGAAGAGUUCUCCUUCCCUAGUGCUUAAGCUCCCCAUGGAACUUUCUGGAAGUUUUGUCAGUGCAGGCUGUGGACCCGGUACAGUCAUGUCUCCGUAGGAAGUUCCAUCGACCAGGAGAUCCUUUGCCAUUUUGUGCGCUUGUUGUGAAUAAUGUUCACAGUGUAUUAUGGGUAGAGGCAGUAAGCAUGUGUCGCUAGCCAUUACAUAAGGACAGAUUUCAGAAAGAACAAUAAAAACAAUCCCAAGUCCUCUGUAUUGCCAAGUGUGCAUGAGUUUUCCAUUUAUCAGUAAUGCCCCCUCCCAAUGAGCCAGGCUCCGCUCUGCGUCUCCCAUACCCCUUAAAUAAUACAACUUACAAUAAAAAGCUUUUCUACCAAAUAAUCUUGUGAGUCUAAGGACAGAACUAACGAAAAUAGAGUAUUUCAUUCCUUUCCCAAGCUGCUUACAUUUCUAAGCCUAGGUUGUUGACAAAAUUAUGUCAUGGUUGCAUGUUUGCUUUGGGCAAGUUUUGCUGAUUUUCUUCUUCUCUUUGUUUCCCCCCCCCCCCCCC